AUGAAGCCGUCGCUCGUCGUCGUCGUGUGUCUGAUAGCCGUCUGUUUCGGCGUCGUCGGUACGUUUUCCGAGUUGCAACCUGUUCUAGAAGUAUUGCUGGUUUCUUCAGAGCAUGAAACAAUUUCUGUGAAGCAUCACGACAAAAAGUCGCUUCCUGGUGUAUUUUUAAACAACAGAAAACUUCUAAAAAAGCAAGAGCUUUUGAACAGACUAUCUGAAACUAUUUUCACUUCUCGUAUCCGAAAUAUAGAUAAAAACCAGAGGUCAUUUUUUUUAAACCGUGGCUCAUCACAAAGCGUGGUCAUUUUUAUCAUUAAGGGACCGAUAAAAAGUAUGUUUUUAGGCGUCGAGGCGUCGCCCUCCCGUGGCGAUAGCGGCCUCUUCGACAGCCUGAACCAGGUUCGUUAGUCAAUAUCAAUGGCUACAACAAGUUUGUUCAAAAAAGUAUCAUUCCGAAAGAUAGUACAUGAUAAGCUAAAAGACUGCAGAAGGAGGGUCGAAAAAGCUGAAAGAAUUGGUCUUUGCAACCUACAGUGGCUCCUCCAACUCUUGUAGUUGAAACUAAGAAAAUAAUAACCAAAAAGCUUUAAUAUCAUGGAAGCAUGGAUACAUUAGUUAUAUUUAACCCUUUUUUUCAAAAAAAGCUUUAAUAUUUUUUUGAAGUAAGCAUUUAUUUUCCAUUUAUUUAAUCUUUUCAAACUUUUUCUUCUAAAAAAAUAGUAAAAAGGAUAUACCUCUUUUUCAACUAUGCAUUUUAAGUCUUGGCUUUUUGUUUAAAAAAAGUUUCAUUCGAUUUGGACGAAGGAGAAAAAAAGUAACAUUUUUUUGGUAUUUUCCUACCGUAACCCUAAGGGGCGGAGCCACUCAAAAAACUACGUAAAAUUUUCAGGACCAUGUGUAGUUAUUGUUACCACAAUAUGAGCUCAGAAAAAUUAAUCUGAAAUUUCCGGUAUUACCGGUUUAUCGCGUUUCUGUGAAGAACGUGUGUUAAACAGCUAACUGAUUUCUUUAAACCCCUGAAAACAAAGAGCCACUUGUUCUUCUGUCACUUUAUCUCAAUAAACGUGGAGAAGUCGAAAGUUCGAGUUCAAACUUUAGAAAAUGAAAAAAGAAACCCAUCCAUUUGGCUACGUCUCAAAAUGCAAAAACAGUCAGCCAUUGAGGGCCGAGCAGACUUGAUCAAUCUCAAAAAACUGACCGCUUCCAGGUGUUCAACCGGUUCAAACGCGCCAUUCUGCCAGAGCUGAGCGACAUACGGAAGAAGCGCAACCUUCCGACAACCUACGACAUUCGGAAAUAG